AUGAAUGAUACUCUAUGUUUAAAAUUUGAUUUUUUGAGGUAUUAUUUACCUGCUGAAUUAGGCGGAACCGCAAAUUUUGAAUUUAAACAAAUUACAAAUUUCAAUAAGUACUGCCCUAGUGAAAACUGCAAUACUGAUCUCGAAAAAAUUACAAUUGGAUUUUUAUGGUUACUUGAACAAUAUUUUACUAUAUCCAAAGAUACAGAUGAUUAUAAUGAAAAUAAUACAAAUGCAUUUUUUCUAUAUAUUAUUUCAUGGUUAAGUUACCAAUUAAAGCAAAAUUCAGAGCACAAUACCACCACAAUAAACGAUUUUUAUACUAAACAUGUAAAAAAUAGUGGUAAAUAUAGUAAAUUUAUAAAUGAUUCCAGUAUUUGUGCAAAUCUUAAGGAAAUCAUAGAUAAACAAAAAGAUUUGUUCAAUAUUGAUAUUGAAGAUCUGUCUAAAUUUUAUGAUGCAUUCAAAUUAUUAUGUAAUAUUUAUGGCAAUGUUGCAAAGAAUGAAAAAAGCGGCACCCUGUCAAAUAAUGCGAAUAAUUUUGUUGAGAAAUAUACAGAUCUCAACGAUUACUAUAAUGUUGAAAAUACCCCUCAUAGUCAAAUAUUGUCUGUUUUAUUAACUGAUUAUAAUAAAUUAAAAACUGAUAAAUCUGGUAAAAUUGAUAAUUCUAAACAAUUCCCAAUUCUUCCAACAGAAAAAGCAACAAAACCAUUUUCACGAAGUUCACGAAGUUCAUCUAUAAAAAUUUCAGUAAUCCCAAUGACAUUUCUUUUUUUUGCAUUACUUAUCUAUUUAGGAAUUACGUAUAAGCAUUCAUUAUUUGACUUUCGGAAAAGGCUUCAAAGACUCAAUUUAAGAAUCAAAAAAAUAAAGAGGAAAAUAAAUCAUUAA